AUGUCAUUGACGCAUCGACUUGCAGUCGUUCGCUCCACCUCUUCGUUUCAACAUCUGCAAAACACCUGCGCCCGUACUCGCUUCCCCUGCACGCCUUCGCAUUCCUUUAGCUCGACUGCUAUAGCGGCCAACAUGAAGAUCAGGACGUACGACGUGCUCAACCUGCCGCUCGUGCCCGCUUCGGAGCGGCUCACCGUCAACCUGCUCGCCGAUCCCGUCACGCCGGAACCGCGCUCGAUCGUCUCGGUGUCCGGUUCGUCGCCCUCGCUCGUGCGUCGCGCGCGUCCCGUCGGCCAGGGCGCGCACUUCAGCUUCCUGUCGACGCUGCCCCUCUCCUUUCCGUACGAGUUCCCGCCCGAGCAGGAAGGCGAGCUGGCGCUGGGCGAGCGCCACCAGCAGGAGCUCGAGCGCGACGAUGGCGACGACGCACAGCUCACCGAGCAGCAAAAGAAAGAAAGGAUCGAGCAGGCACACAAGCGCAGGAUGCAAGAGGUCGAGCAAAUGUUGCAGCGGUACGAAGUGCAGCCAUGCGAGGCGGUCGCCGAUGGUGAGGGGCUGCAGGGCCACGUGCCUCCGCGCCGCAAGCACCAGCACUUCCCUUCGGCGCGGCUGCUCGGUGUGUCGCCUGCGGCGCUGCGCGACUGCCUACCGCACCUCGAUGUGGGUGAUGCGCUCGAAUGGAUCAAGAAGAACAACAAGUCCGCCGGCCCAAGCUCGUACAGUUCCGGGCCCAUGGCCGAUGCCGCCACCACCGCCGACGUCUCUCCCCAAGUGGCCGCGCGCAAGACGCUCAGCGACUUUGUCGCUGGCCGUCUGAUCGGUGCGCGCAUCCUUGACGACGCAAGCACGCUCGAGUCAGACGAGCGCGCUGGCUACGGCACCAGGUACAUGCGCCUGCGCGAAAAGAUCAUCAAGGGCGAGGUCUCCGACGAGAGCACCGAGGCACGUACGCUGCGUCGGCUCGACGAGCUCGAGCAAAAGCGCGCCUCGGGCGCCGCCGGCGAGUAUGCGCCGUGGUCGCUGUGCUACGCGGGGCACCAGUUCGGCGUAUGGGCGGGUCAGCUUGGCGACGGGCGUGCAUUUACGCUCAUGGAGACCAAGAACCCGGCCACGGGCGAGCGGUGGGAGAUCCAGCUCAAGGGCGCCGGACGCACGCCGUACUCGCGCUUCGCCGACGGUCUGGCGACGCUGACGAGCAGCGUGCGCGAGUUCCUAGGCAGCGAGGCCAUGGCGGCGCUCGGCGUGCCCACCAGCCGUGCGCUGGCCGUCGUGGCGCUGCCGGAGCUCAAGGUGGUGCGCGAGCGUCUGAAUGUGGCAGCCAUCACGACGCGCAUGUGUCCGUCCUGGCUGCGCAUCGGCUCGUUCCAGAUCCACAGCUCGCGCGGCGAAUGGGAGUCGUCGCGCAUCCUGGGCGAGUACGUUUCGCGCGACAUCUUUGGCUUCACCGACGUCGUCAAAGGCGGUGCCGUCUCCGAGCAACAAGCGGAAAAGCGGCCGAUGUGGGCGCGGCGGAUGGUGCAAGAGGUGGCGACGCGCAAUGCGCGCACGUUUGCGCUCUGGCAGGUCUAUGGCUUUAUGCACGGCGUCCUCAACACCGACAACAUCGCACUCACCGGUCACACGAUCGACUACGGCCCGUACGCCUUUAUGGAUCUGUACGACGAGGGGCAGAUCUGCAACCAUUCGGACGGCGAGGGUCGCUACGCCUACCGCCUCCAACCGACCAUGGGUGUGUUUGCGCUGCGCGAGCUGCUCAAUGCCGUGGCGCCGCUGGUCGGAUUUGAGAUCGAGCACGACCGUGCACCGGCGCCCGGUGAGCUUCUGCGUGCCACCGACGCCCAGAUCGACGAGUGGCGCGAGCUGUGCUCCGACGACUUCUCCGGUUCGCUCGAGGCGCUGUUCACCAGUACGCUGCUGGAGCACUGGAAACAGGCCUACUGCGCGCGUCUUGGUCUGGCGACCGUACAAGCCGACGAUAAGACGGCGCUGAUCGACCCGCUGUCGGAUGUGCUGGGCGACUUGGAUUUCUCCUCGACGCUGCGCUCGCUCGUGCGCUUUCCGGCGCUGCUCAAAGCGCGCGGUGCGAGCAUCGACGACAACGAGGGCCUCAACAAGGUCGUCGAGGCGUUCUUUGCCGGGGAUAGGGAUGCGGGGGUGGAGGGGUGGUACGAUGCCACGGUGCUGCCCGAAUACGCGCGCGAGCCAAAGGAGAAGCAGGCGCGCGCCUGGCUGCUCUCGUACGCGCGGCGUCUGCUCGCCGAGGCACGCGAUGGCGACGAGGUGGCGCGCGAGAUCAAGUCGAGCAACCCGCGAUUCGUGCUGCGGAACUGGGUGACCAACGAAGUUGCGGACCGUCUCGAGAAGCACAACGACACCGACGCACUCGCCCUGGUGCUCGAAAUGGCCACCCAUCCAUUUGAAGACUGGGGUGUGCCCCGCGACGGCAAGUCGCCCGACCAGGUCGCUGAAGAAGCCCGUCUGUGCUCGCUCGGUCGACCGUUGACGGGCAAUCUGCCUUCGUGCUCGUCGUGA